AGUCUUAACCGACCUGACCGGGCCCCUCUGCUGACCUGUGACCGGCUGCGUCAGCGCGCCGUGCUGGUGCUGAGCUGCGGCGCUGAGGUGCCGACGCGCUGGCCGCUGUCCCGCUGCGCGCUGCUCGUGCCGCUGCUGCCUCCCGCUGCCGCUGGUCCACUGGUACAGCGGUGCCGUGCCUCCUCAGUGGCUGUCCGCUGUCUGCCCGUGAGGCCCGACUGGGAGGCGCUGAGACACCCGGAGAGACACGUGCUCGUCUCCCCUCCCCCUGCACCGCCGCCGCCCGGACCCCCGCCGGCCGGCCAGCCGGUCUCGGUGGUGGCCUGUGCUUCUGCUGCCGAACGCUGGGGUCUGCGGCGUCUGGAGGAGCUCUCCGGUCACACUGUCACCGCCCACGUCAGAGAUUACAGCCGGCUGGUCGGGCUCUCUGCCGGCCCGUUCCCCGAUCUGGUGCUGGCCGCCGACUCCUGUCUGCUGGUGCGCUCCCUGGCCGACCUGGCGUCCCCCUCGGACGGCCAGCGGCUGGCGGCGGAGGUGCGCGCUCUGCAGCAACAGGCGGCGCUCUGCUGGCUGGUGGUGGUGGGCCGCCGCCGCGCCGCCGCCGCCGCCGAUACCGACACCAGGCGGGAGGAGGCGGUGGUGGGUCGGCUGCGGGCCCUGCUGGCCUCCGCCGCUCACCUUCCCGAGUAUACGCUGCGCCUGGUGCGUGCCGAUCAGGACAGCGUGGUGCACAUCGUCCUGGAUAUCGUGCAGCAGACCAGCGAGACGGCGGGAUCGGCGGGUGACGGACGGUCAGACGACUUCCAGCCCUCCGCCGACGCCCAGUGCACAGAGGACGAGUGGCUUCUGCUGCAGCUGCCGGCGUGUAACGCCGUCUCUGCGGGCCUCCUGCUCCGGCGGGCCGGAGGGCUGCAGCAGCUGCGCGCUGCUCCGCUCGGACGGCUCGUUCAGAUCAUGCCAGAGCUGCCGGUCAGGGUCCUGGCAGCCCUGCAGCGCCACCUACAACAGCCGAAACAGACGACAGCGACACCGGGUGACUUCUGCGUAGAUGGUAUGGCACCUAUGAACAACCAAGACCUAACCGGCCCGGGCUUCCUGUCGUUGCCUCGGCCGCCUUCGCCGCCCACAGCGGCCUUCCCUUCCGACGUCCUCCGACGAGAGCCCACCGUUCCCUGUAGCCGUCAUCGGCGGCCCGGGCUCCAUCCCGACGUUCCCCCGUUUGGCACAGAGUGCCACACACGGCCACCGUACGAUGACGAGUCAGACGGGGACUAUGGAUCGCGUCAUCACCCGGUCUACGGCGGGCGGUUCGACCGACAGCACGGCUCGGAGCACGGCCUGGAGCACGGCGGCUCUGCGGCCGACGGGACAGACGACUGGCUGACCGCCCCGAACGCGGUGGACCUGCUGGCUGCCGAGGCCUGUUCCGACGAGUGCAACCCUCACUGGCUGGAUGAAGACAAUGUGUAUGACGACUCACCGCCAAUGGAAACGAGUCAGUGACGUCAUGGCUUUCCUGGUGACGUCAUCUGGAGAGUCCGGCUGAGCCGAGUGCGGUGGCGGUGGAUAAGGCUUGGAUACUGCUUGCACAGCACGCAAAGAGCUAGCUUUCGUACCCAUGACCGGACGAUUGAUCUCGUAAUUUGGCGGCUAGUGAUUGAAAUGCCCAUUUGUUCCGUGGAGUGAGGAAAUAAACGUGUUCAGUUGUCGAA